AUGUUUUACUUCCAACAGAUGGCACAAUUUUACUAUGGCGAAAUAUGGUAAAUGAACAUAAGCACAGGAAGGGAUUCACAUAUUUAAAAUUAAUUCCUGUCUGCAGAAAAUAAAAACUGCUAUUGUCACGAGACUCAAGAAAUGAGUAAAUUAUCAGAUUCGUUAAACGUUGAAGACUCGUGUCUUAAUUUAACAGAGGUUUAUUAUGGAGGUGAUCUUGAUUCCAGCUUUGAAACUGACAAUGAAGUAGAAAGGAGAAGGACCAACGAACAUGACUUAGCUGAUAAGAUGAAGUUAAGCCCUGCUAAGAAACCUCCAAGGCAUUUCUUUACUGAAGAAUGUAGUAGUUUUCACAUUUCAUCUGGACAACCUCCAGAGCCUACAAAUCAUCCAGUGAAAUCGACCAUAGCAAAAGUUGAAAAAUAUGAAAUAAAAUACAUUUUCUUUCUGGAAUGAUUGCAGAUUUUAACAGACAAUUACAAUUAGUUGUCCUAAACAUCCUCAAGCAUAACAGUUGCACCUCUGCUUUCAUUUAAUUUUAUUGUUUUAUUGCUCUUUCAACUGUGUGUAACUAAUGUAACAAAGCAAUAAAUCCCUCAGCUAGAGCUUAGUGCAAGUUAUGUUAAUGAAUAUCGAGUUACAUUGAAUUAUAUCAUGAGACAGCAGCUCGCAUGCAUUCUUUGAGGAUAAAUUUUUUAAGUUCAAGUUUCUUGUCUAGCCUAAAAAGAUUUUAAUUUUUAGUUAUGUUUGUUAUAAUGUAUAUAAAAAUGAAGAAAAACCAUACAUAAAAACCAAAAAAUUUUGUAUUUACUCUAGCCUUGAGACCGUUUGCACUUAGGUGCAGUUUAGUAAGCCUAUUUUUUCUUACUAUAUUGGUUGCCCAAAAGUAAUUCAUUUAGCUUUCAAAUAUGCAUUUUAGAACAAAAAAAUAUAUCAGACACUCAAUUAGAAUGUCCAAAUACUUCUAUAAUUUACCUGCCUUUCUAACUAACCUAUAAAUAGUUUAAAAAAUUUCUUUAUUGAUUGGAGCAAUGUUUUUAGUCCAAUCACAUCAAGCUUUCAUGGUAAUUUAUUGGCUUUUACAGCUAAAACUGAACAAGCGAUUGUCAGAUUUAUGAAAUUUAGAAUUCACACUUUCUACUGGUUAAAAAUAUGUCCAAUAACAAUGUUAGAAAGAGAGAAACCUAAACAUUUCUUUAAAAACAGAGGAUAUGUGAAUGUGGGUUGAACAUAUAUAUAGCUAUAUCUUAGUAAAGCAUAAAGAUAAGAGGUAGUAAUUUUAUUUUAUAAAUUAUCAUUAUCUGUAUCAUGUGUUUCUAUUGGGUUGAACAUUCUGAAACCCUUGUAAGGGAAGAUAAAUAUCUAUAAAUGAUAAGUCACAGCAUUUCUAGGUAACAUCACUUUUAGAGGUGCAAAUUGAGAACUUUCCAACACAUAUUUACCUCUGCUGACACUAUAGCUAUUUCUCGAUCUCUAGGGUUGAAAAGCUUGCUUCAGUCUUUAUAUACCCUGCUCGAAUGCCCUUGUCAAAUUCUAAUUUGCAAAUUUCUCCACUAACUUCAAUGCACCCUCUAUCUAGGUACUGUAUAUAAGCACCUCAUUCAGAUAAUGUAAUCACUUUUUGUUGACAAAGCACCUCAUUGAGAUAUUGUAAUCACUUUUUUCGACAGAGCAUUUGGCACCAUAAACAGAAGUGUUGUAAUUAUUCACAUAAUAUACAUUGCAACUUUGGAUGUAGUUGGCUUGACUAUGGUUAAAUUUUUGCUUAUAUUUACAAAUUAAUUAAUUAAAAAAAAAAAGACUAGUAUUAAUUCCCGAAUUAAUGUUUCUACUACGAAGGCCAGCCAGACCUCUUCUCUUCCACCUCUGCUAUCUGAUGUUUGUAAAUGGCCAGGGGAGGGGUUACUCUCAGUUGAGGCUAUUCAUAAUAUGAUCCAUUGGAAGAUGAAGACAUACAUGUAGACUGAAAUGUCUCUCUCUGGGGGUUCUGAGACAGCUUUUGCAAGUGACUCGGGAUCAGCUGAAGAGAAUUUAGACUCAGUUUUUCCGGCUCCUUUAGGUCGGCCUCAAGAGAGGAUUCUCUUGAUCAGCCAACUCCAGCCCCUUUUCUUCAGUUGGUUACUUGGGUUAGUGAGGUUGGUGAAAAGGAUGGCUAAUGACUACUUGGUUUUUCCUCCUCCUCCUGAUAUUGCUGUUCAUGCUGGGUGAUUUGUUGCUCAGUUAAGCGAUGGGAUAGCUAUGCCUUGUCCCCCUGUUUAUCUGAACAGCAUGCUUUGGCUUUAAACUGCCAGGACGAGGUAUAUUUAGAUUCUCAAUGGAUAGAACCCAUUUUCGAACUGUGAGGUUCUGGAUUGGAACCUGUGAUCAAUUUGAACGGAUCACAGUUUUCUCAGAUUCGUCUUACUCUCACUACUGUCCUCAGAUAUUUAUCUUCGAUCCAACUUUUGUUGGAAGCCUAUCAACAUUCCAGAGAUGUUGGAAUCACAAAUUGAUUCAGCUCGUUUACAUUCUUUUUUUAUCAUCAUUAGCUUCUCGCCUUUCUGGUGCUAAUUUAGGAGUAUCUGCUUGUAGUGUUUCCCGACCUCUUCCUUUGGUUCCCAUGAUAGAGUCCAUCCAUAUUUAUCGAGGAUCUUCGACUCGAGAAGGACCAUCAGCAAUGAUGUCAGUGACUAUCCUGUGGGCAGGGAAGCAUUGGGAGUACAAUUACAUCACUUUCUGGACGUCUGGAGCUUUUUCACCAGGGAUCCAUGGGUACUUCAUGAUCAUUCAAUUUACAUCACCUCCACCAUUAUCUUCUCAACCUGUUGCCUUUUCAUCUCCAAUAGAUCCACGACGAGUGGAGCUUGGUUCCCAGGCCAUAAGAGAAUUGUUAAUCAAAAAGGCAGUAGAGAGGGUCGAUCCCAUUCAUCCGGGAUUUUAUUCCUGUUUAUUUGUUGUACCCAAGAAGACAGGAGAUUGGCAUUCAAUCAUCGAUCUGUCUUGACUCAACAAAUUUUAAGAUCCUCCUCACUUUACUAUGGAAUAUUUUCUCAACCUACGAUUGCACUUUGCCCCAGGGCUCUGGAUGACCAAGUUCAUUGUUACUGACACUUAUCUUCAUAGUCCCAUAGUGAAAUUUUCCUGGAGAUUACUCAGAUUUGUGUACAAAGGGUCAGGUCCUGCAAUUCAAGGCUCUACCUUUUGGUCUUGCAUCAUCACCUUCUGCAGAGUUGUACGAGCUUUUUUCUCGUCAUCUGCAUUUCUUGGGUCUGUGCACACAUCAUUAUAUGGAUGACUGGCUCCUUCUGGCACCAUCCCAUCAAGUAGCAGAACAACUCUCUCAGGUUCUCCUUUCAGAAGCCACAAAAGUGGGCUUUCUUAUUAGACUGGAGAAAUCUAUUCUCUCAUCGAAGCAAUAUCUCGUCCAUCUGGGUGUGUUUUUCAAUACUCACUUAGGUCGAGCUCAACCAACCCCUAUCAGGUUACAGGCCAUAGAAAGAGCUGUCAGGCUUUUACUUCUGUUUCCUUCUCCUGUUGCAUGGAUGGUUCUCUCUUUUUUGGGGAUAUGGGCAUUCCUCGAACCCCUCAUUCCUUUGAGUGGUCACUGCAUGACCAAUGAAUCAUGCAUUCCAACCCUUUGGUAAUCUUGUCUCAUUACUCAGGAGCAGCAUCGUCAAUUGCGAAUGGUGGUUGGAUUGGAACAACACUACUAUUGGAGUACCCAUUCCACCACCUCGUCCCAAGAUCCAUCUGCUCACAGAUGCAUCUCUUCAGAGAUGGGGAGCUUAUCUUCAAGGAUACAAGUUACCGGUUAGUAUGUUUUGGAAGUUAACAUUUUCCUAAACUGAAAAUGUAUUUCCAAUAAUACUUGCCUCUGCUGACAUACUCCUGCCCUACCUCCCCAUAAAAACAGG